AUGGCCUCCAACUCCAACGCGGAUAGCGAUCUGGACCCACUAUGGCAGAACCUCGACUGGGCCAUCGGCCAGACCCUGAUCAUGGGCUGGGAUGGGACCGAGGUCACACCCCAGAUUCGGAGCCUCAUUGAGGACCAUCAUCUCGGCUCCAUCAUCCUCACCGCCAAGAACCUCAAGUCCGCCCAGCAGACCACCAGAUUGGUGCAGGAGCUUCAGACGAUUGCAAAGAAUGCCGGUCAUCCUCAGCCUCUGCUCAUUGCGCUUGACCAGGAGAACGGAGGCGUCAACAGUCUCUUCGAUGAGGACUAUGUCUGCCAAUUCCCCAGCGCGAUGGGUAUUGCAGCCACUGGUCGUGCAGACCUGGCAUAUGAGACCACCAAAGCCACCGCUCUGGAGAUCUCGGCAUGCGGCGUCAACCUGAUGCUGGGUCCCGUUCUGGACGUGCUCAACAAUGCCAGGUAUCAGCCCCUCGGUGUCAGAGCAACGGGAGACGACCCUCAGGAAGUCUCACAGUACGGCCUUGCUGCACUGAGGGGCAUUCGUGAUGCCGGAAUCGCUACCUGCGGCAAACAUUUCCCCUCAUACGGCAACCUAGAUUUCCUCGGAUCGAACCUUGAUGUCCCCAUCAUCACUCAGACCCUAGAAGAGCUAAGCCUGAGUGCCUUGGUACCCUUUCGGAAUGCCAUUGCGUCUGGACAGCUCGACGGCAUGUUCGUGGGUGGCUGUGGCAUCUCAAACCCAUCUAUGAAUGUCAGCCAUGCCUGUCUCUCAGAUCAGGUUGUCGACGACUUGCUCCGGAACGAGCUCGGCUUCAAAGGCGUCGCCAUUUCUGAGUGCUUGGAGAUGGAGGCUCUCAGCCACGACCUCGGCGUUCAGAACGGCGUCGUUAUGGCUGUGGAGGCGGGAUGUGAUCUCGUUCUCCUUUGUCGCGCCUACGACGUUCAGCUCGAAGCCAUCAAGGGUCUGCGACUGGGGUAUGAGAACGGCAUUGUGACCAAGGAGAGGAUAUUUACCUCCCUACGCCGGGUGUUGAAGCUCAAGGCUCAGUGCACGUCGUGGGCCAAGGCCCUUAACCCCCCUGGGAUCUCCCUGCUUUCUCAACUCCACCCUUCCCAUCUCACCCUGUCCAGAAAGGCAUACGACGACUCCAUCGCGGUCAUUCGAGACAAGGAAAAGCUGCUGCCACUCUCAAACUCAAUGCAUCCCGGGGAAGAGCUUCUCCUGCUUACCCCGCUAGUGAAGCCACUACCGGCAUCGUCCAUGACCAAGAACCUUCUGGACGCAAAGAACAGCUACUCGAGCCGGCCGACAAAUCACGACGCUUGGGUCCAUCAGCGAGAGAAGGGUGUGAUCAUGAGCGGCGAGGGAGUCUUUCGAGAGUUUGGCAAGAACCUUGCCCGCUACCGCAAUGAGAAGCUACUACAUACAAGCUAUACCGCGAACGGUGUCAGGCCAGUGCAUGAGAACCUCAUCGCCAGGGCAUCUUGCAUCAUCAUCGUGACGGCAGACGCCAACCGGAAUCUCUAUCAGGCCGGCUUUACCAAGCAUGUCGACAUGAUGUGCUCCAUGCACAGAAGCAGGGGCAACAAGAAGCAGCUCAUUGUGGUUGCCGUCAGCUCACCCUACGAUUUCGCCAUGGACAAGUCGAUUGGCACCUACAUCUGCACCUUUGACUUCACCGAGAACGCCAUGUCCGCAUUGGUUCGUGUAUUGGUUGGAGAGAUUGAUCCUCCUGUGGGAACUAUGCCAGGCACCCUGCGGAAGAGCAAAAAGGUCCUCAAGUCGAGACAACACUGGCUGGUAGAGGAAUACGACCGGUCUCGGGACGCCAAGGGACUGUCCGAUCUUCUUCGCGCAGUCCAUCGAGCAACGGCGCCCGAUCUCGAAUUUCUCAAGACAACAACGCCGGCCUCGUUCGAGUUGAACAUCUCAUCCAUCAAAGAGGCCCACUUUGUGGUGCGAAACAGCAGCACGCAAGCCCUGUACGGUUUCGCGGCCACUUACUUUACAUCCGGUGUUGGCAUUCUUGGUGCCAUUUUCGUGGACCCUGGCAAACGGGGCAUGUCGGUUGGCCGAUCACUUCAUCGCCGUGCGCUGAAGAGUCUGGGUCAGCAAAGAGGCAUCAAGAAGGUCCAGCUCGGCAUGCCUUUCCCGGGAAUUUUUCUGGGCAUUCCUUCCAACCUCGAGCUCAGCACCGUCAAAGACUGGUUCGCCAACAGCGGCUGGGACACACAGUUCCCUCGCAAGCUGACGAACAUGGUAAUCAAGGAUCUUGGCAAUUGGCUCGUCCCAGAGGGGCUGCUGCAAACCAUCCAGCGGGCUAGUAUCAGCUUCGACCUCAUCCACGGCUUGGAGAACGCAGAUAGCGUGCUCCACCACGUACGGACGAACGCCAAUCCUGAGGUGCUCGAGCUUUACAAGUACGCACUCGGCGAGAACAAGUCCUGCGGCAUUGUGAGAGCCAAGGAUCCUUCCGGCAAUUUGAUUGGGACGGUCAUCAUCUGUCGCCAGAACAGUGCCUUGAUUACCUACGUACCACCGCUCGCAUCCCAUACGGAUGAUGUAGGGGGUAUCAUCGCCCCCAUCGUGCCCUCGACUCCCCAAUCAACGUUGGUUCUGCAAGGACUGGCGCUCAUGGGAGUGCGUCAAUGCAAGAGUCAUAAGGCAUCAAGAGCCUUGGUCAGCUGGGUCGUGGAUGACGCAAACGAGCCGUUGCUGGCAAUGGGCUUUGAGAUUCUGCAGGUGUUUGAAGAGAUCACAAAUUCCCCUGAAGUUUGUCAGCUUUGA